CUCACAAGAGGGAAUUUUUCAAAUCUCGAAGAGAGCGGCGGUCCGUGUAGAGGCUUUCAACAACAACAAUGUACAGGCAGGGGAAAGGCAAGACUCCGCGGAGGCAUGGCCCCAAGAAGGCAACAAAUACAGACAAAGAUCCGGUUGGAGUCUGCUGCCGUAUACGACCACUAGGAGCAGAAGAUGAGGAAUGCUGUGUUGAGAUGAUAAGCAGCUCCACAAUUCAGCUGCAUGCCCCAGAUGGUCUCAAAGCCAACCGCAAUGGAGAAUUCAAAGAGACACAGUACUCAUUUAAAAAGGUAUUUGGCAUCAAAACCACACAAAUGGAGCUGUUUGAGGAGGUUGCAAAGCCGCUGAUAGAGGAUCUGAUUCACUGUAAGAAUGGUCUUCUGUUUACAUAUGGUGUCACUGGAAGUGGUAAGACUUUCACCAUGACCGGCUCACCUGGUGAAGGUGGACUCCUCCCCCGGUCUUUAGACAUGGUCUUCAACAGCAUCGGCCCCUUUCAGGCCAAAAGAUAUGUGUUUAAGCCAGAUGAGAAAAAUGGGAUGGAGGUUCAGAAUCAAGUAGAUGCUCUUCUGGAGAGACAGAAGCGAGACAGUCAGCCGACGCCGGUACUCAAAACACCAUCCUCCAGGCACAGGCCUGACCCAGAGUUUGCAGAUAUGAUCAGUUCAGAGGAGGCAUGCAAAUCUGAGAACGUGGAUGAGGAUUGUUGCUACAGUGUAUUCGUGUCCUACAUCGAGAUCUAUAACAACUAUAUCUACGAUCUCCUGGAAGACGCUCCAUAUGACCCCAUCAGACCAAAGUGGCUCGGUGGAGGUACACCUGUACGGAACAAUGAGUUCAUACCACCACAGUCCAAGAUUCUCCGUGAGGAUCAGAAUCACAACAUGUACGUGGCUGGCUGCACAGAAGUAGAGGUCAAAUCUACAGAAGAGGCUUUUGAAGUCUUUUGGAAGGGGCAAAAGAAAAGGAGGAUAGCCAACACGGAACUCAACCGUGAAUCCAGUCGCUCCCACAGUGUGUUCACAAUAAAGUUGGCCCAAGCACCACUUGAUGCUGAUGGAGACCACAUUCUACAGGACAAGAGUCAGGUGAAUGUGAGCCAGCUGUGUCUGGUUGACUUGGCAGGCAGUGAACGCACCAGUAGAACCAGAGCAGAGGGAAGCCGCCUCCGCGAAGCAGGUAAUAUCAACCAGUCUUUGAUGACACUGCGCACCUGUAUGGAAGUCCUGCGUGAAAACCAAAUGUAUGGAACUAACAAGAUGGUUCCAUACAGAGACUCUAAAAUUACACACCUGUUCAAAAACUACUUUGAUGGUGAAGGAAAAGUCCGGAUGAUCGUGUGCGUCAACCCAAAGGCAGAUGAUUAUGAAGAAACUAUUCUGGUGAUGCGCUUUGCAGAGAUGACCCAGGAGGUGGAGGUGGCACGACCGGUUGACCGGCCGAUCUGCUUCCUUGCUGCCGGUCGCCGCCACAGAAACCAGGCCUUUAGAGAUGAGUUGUCGCGUCGACUGGAUGAUCGUGGAGGUCCCACUUAUUCUGUAGACGAUCCAGUUCUGCUGAAUCAGCUCAUAGAAAGCCUUCCAGUGCUGCCUCCAUGUGAGCUGGUGGACCCAGCUGAUGAUCAGACGCUGCCCCGCCUCAUUGAAGUGCUGGAAACGAGGCUACGUAUACGUCAGAUGAUGACAGAGCAGUUCAACAAAACUGCGAAUACAUUGAAGUCUAUGCUUCAACAAUUUGACGGUCAGCUCAGUGCAAAGGAUACAUUCCUGCACGACCAACAAAGCAAACUGGGUGAGAAAGACAAAGUCAUUGUCAGCCAGAGGACGGAGAUCGAGCGGUUGGAGAAGAAAUCCAAAACUCUGGAAUACAAGAUUGACAUCCUGCAAAAGACAACGGAUGUGUACGAGCAGGACAAGCGCUCACUUCAGCAGGAGCUAGAGACCCGGGAGCAGAGGCUACUGAGAGAGCUCUCGGAGAAGAAGCGCAUGGAGCAGCGUAUGCAGGGCAUGGUGACGGAUGCCAGACACAAGUGGGAGAAAGAGUGUGAAAGGCGAGUGAAUGCUAAGCAGCUUGAGAUGCAGAACAAGUUGUGGGUUAAGGAUGAAAAGUUGAAGCAGCUUAAGGCCAUAGUGACGGAGAGCAGCAGCAACAGCGGAGGCGGCUGUGCAGCAGAGCGUCCGGAGAGGCCGUCUAGAGAAAGGGACCGAAACGUGCCCCAGAAGAGAUCUGCGUCACCAUCACCAAUUCCUGACUUAACUCCAUCCCACCAAUAUUCAACCAGUGUUAGGGCAGUUCAGGACCCAUACCCCGCCUCUUCCUCCGACACUCCCUCUUCCUCUUCAGUUUACCGCUCAGUGGCCUCCUGCAUCACAGACUGGGAGCAGAGGUUCCCUGUAGACUCAGACAGCCAAGUUAGACACCCACAGACUCCACAGUACAACAGCCGGACUCCCGCUCCAUACCACGGCACCAGCAGUGUGGGUCGCAGGAGAGGCAUGCGAUGGGCCCCAGACACUGAGGCCCCUGCUACGACUCUUGUCUAUGGGCUAGACCUAGAAGCAGGCUCAAGGACUGCUCUCCCAGUUCAUCCAAUGCACAGGCGCUCACACUCUGCGGGUGGGGAGAAAUGGGUAGACCACAAACCGGCUUGUAAUUUGGACCUAGACACUGUCAUGCAGCCAAUCAUACCCAAUGCAAUCAAAGUGUCGACCCCCAACGAGAAAGCUCUGUCUAAGUGCAACAUGUAUGUGCUCAGACAUCAAGAGCUUGCCUCUGAUGGGGAAAUCGAGACCAAACUGAUCAAGGGUAAUGUGUUUAAGACGCGGGCUGGAGGACAAGCUGUCCAGUUUACUGACAUUGAGACACUAAGACAAGAAUGUGCAGCAGGUCCAAGUCGUAAGAGGCGAUCAGGGUCUGGAGAAGGACCGGUUCAACCAGAGGACGUCGAGAACCGACCUCCAGUGGCAGGCACAAGUUCGAGCUAUAGCCAUCAAAAACGCAGAAAGCCUUGAGUCGCUGUUCAUUUGAAGGGACUUUUUUUUGUUUUCUUGACAAAAAUGCAAGGUGUUGUGUGACUGCUGGAACAGUGAAGGCUCCUCCGUCUAAAUCUAUGCAUCUUUUUUUUUUAAAUAGUUGAAUCAUUUUUUCUAUCAUCUCUUAUGACAAGUGAGUAGGUUGCAAUUACAUUUUAAUCCUAGCCGACAAGACGUUGAUUUAAAUGGUGUUUGGAAUGCUUGAAUUAUUGCUUCAUAAAGACAUGGACACUGAGUGUAUUGUGAAAUUUAAAAAUGUGUUAUUUAAUCUGUCACUACGUGUUUUUUUUACAUAUAUAUACACCUGGCCAAAGAUUAGAAUAAAUGAGCUUAUGAACAAUAGCUUCUUUUUUUGAUUUAUAGUGUCAUUGCUGGCUUUAUUUAGUAGGUGUAACAGAACAUAUGGCCGGUUACAACAAGUAGAGAACGGCACACUUGGUUUUCCAGUGUGUUAAGAUGCAGCUGUAGUAGUUUUGCUUAAUUCAGUCUCUUAGCGUUUAUGAAACAGUAACAUGAAGCUUUUUUCUGCUGUUUAUUAAAACAACUCCUGAGAUGUGUAUCAGAUUGCUAUUUUUGGUGGCAUUAAAUUUAUCUGAACACUGCGA